AUGGCUCUCACGCCCGCCGCAAUUGUAAGGCUUGCAGAUCUUGAUCACGAGAAGGCUGGCAUUUUCACGCGGGUGCUCUCAACCGUUCUACAUAGCAGAGCUGCGAAAGAUGUCUUUGCCCAGGUUAUCGACGGUUUACCCGUAAAAUCAACAUACGAGUUAACAAUGACUCGGCGUUAUGAACUCCUGUCACGCACAGAAGCCUCUCAACAGUCUCAAGUGCUCUCUGACCAGUUCUGCAGCUCCUCUGAGAUGUUUGAUAACCUGGAAUUGAAUGCAAGAACUGCUCAGUUAUACCAGGCGGCCCCACUCUAUUCGCACAGCUUCAACAUGCAUCUUCUCGAGUUGGUUGCGGUGGCAGUUCAUGACAUGGCGGCAAACCUAUUUGCCUAUUUUCAUCCUAAUGGAGAACCUCGCCGGGAACAGGUCGCCAUGGCUGGCGUUCAAAAAGAAGGCAUCGUGUCAUUGUCGACAAUGUGCUAUAUCCGAAGCGAUAUGUAUCCGAGAGGUGUAAAUGACGUUGUUGGGUACUGGGCUGAAACUCAUAUAUUUGGAGGCGUCGUGGUCUUUGAUCGGGGUGCCGAUGAAGGAGCAAGAAACUGCUACACCGCCUAUAUUCAUCCCUCCUACCCAGCGGAUAUAUUUCAACUUAUAGAUUCCCAGAUCGAGCAGUUCUCAUCGCUGGCAAAUCAUCAGACGGAUGCGAAUCACCUCCUACCAUUUAUCUGCCGACCCGAGGUCAAAACGCUUAAUCCAAGCCAUGCGUUUCUAAACCUGAAUAUUUAUCGGGACAGGUAUGAGCGCCAGCUAUCGCCAGUGGCUCGGGGUCGCCCUUGCGUGAGACGCCUAGAAGAUGACCCCGAUUUAAGGGGUUUUAUUGACAAAGCAGUCAAGAUGUUCCAACCCUGA